CUGGUGAUAGUGUAACGGACGGCGUCGAAUUACCACGUAGCGUCCCGACGUUAGGUGAAAGCUCGUCGUCGUGCGCAAUUUCGUGCUACAGGUGAUACACCGGAAACACCUAGAAAUGGGACUAGCGAUGGUGAAAAAUGGUGGAAAUAUUUAAAAACCUGCGCUAAUUUAACGAUACCAACAUGACGACCGAAGCGGCGGAUUUUUCCAACGACACAUUCUACUUCUACACGACUCCCGUGUGCAACUGCUCGAAUUGGACUAAAAUCGAUGCGCUGGAUCAAAAGGAAGAGAGUAACUGGUGGGCUUUGUCCGCCUUGGGCUUAGUGGUAGGCACCGCCGCCGGGAAUAUUCUAGUCUGUUUGGCUAUUUGCUGGGAAAGGAGGCUCCAAAACGUCACCAACUAUUUUCUCAUGUCUUUAGCCAUAACUGAUCUAAUGGUGGCUAUUUUGGUCAUGCCCCUCGGGAUCUACACCCUGUUUCGGGGGGGUUUCACUCUACCGACCAUUUACUGCCUGACGUGGAUUUGCCUGGACGUCCUUUUCUGCACGGCCUCCAUUAUGCAUCUAUGUACAAUCAGCGUGGAUCGAUAUCUAUCGCUCAGAUACCCAAUGAAAUUCGGUCGAAACAAAUCGAGAAGGAGGGUCAUCCUGAAAAUCGUCUUCGUAUGGUUGCUAUCUAUAGCAAUGAGUCUACCGCUUAGCUUGAUGUACUCAAAAGAUCAGGGCUCCUUAAUAAUUGAUGGGAUCUGCCAAAUUCCGGAUCCGCUUUACAAGUUCAUCGGAUCGAUUAUAUGUUUUUAUAUACCGCUGUUGGUGAUGUUAGUCACGUAUGCACUUACAGUGAGACUGCUCGCUAAUCAAAAACAAAGUUUGGGCACGCCGGACUGGUCGAAUAAUUGGAUAGGAGGCGCGGGAGCGACAACUACUGCGCUAGAGCGGAAGUGCACGUGGCGCCGGUUUCUGAAUCCCCCGAAACCGGGCUCCAGGCUAUCGACGCCCCAGCACGCCCAUUCGGCAACCUCCACGGACACCGAGCUGACCACGCUGGACACCCACGAGCUGUGGAUACAGGAGUCCGAGCCGAAGCCUUGCACCAUGUCGGCGCUGGGCCAGUUCGGCGCCGAGAUGCUGAAGCUGUCCAGGGGACUGGAGGCGGCGUCCAACAGCUUCACCAGCACGCCGGAGAAAAGCAACGCCCGGCUGUCCCCGAAGGACAACUCCUUCAAGCGCGACUCUUCGAACAGAAGUAUCGAAACGCUAACCGAUUCGAAUUCAUCUAUACUGAGCACCGAACUUUCCCCAUGGCAGUUUAGACGACGCAGAGCCUCCACAUUCCACGAGGGCGACACCAAGGACGAGUACCCGUCGCCCAAAUGGCGCAAGCGCAGGGCCAGCUACCAAGACAACCGCCAUCCGAGCAACUUUUCCAUCGCGGAAAACAAGAACGAACCCGCCGAGAGCGAGUACCCUCUGCCGCCGCCUUGCACCUGCCCGUACUUCGGCAACAAACCCGACAAAUCACCUACUCCUUCUGAUUUGAAAGUAACGCCCGGUGGUUCCCUGCGAUCGUCACCUACUCCCUUGAACGCCGAGAACAUGCACCUGUUGAACGUUUCUCCGGCGAAGAAGUCUUCAUUGGCGAGGAACAGGGGCAACAGCGGGGAGUCUUCGCCGAAUAAUGCUGUCGUUACUUGGGAACCCAGAAGAAGCCAUCGAAGAGGUUCGAGUUUCGGUACGACUAAAACCUCGAUUCUGUGCACUUCGUUGGCGAGUACGCACAGAACUCCGCUGCUGCUGCGCCGAUCGGCCACUCUGCGCCACAACGGGCACAGCACCAGCAGCGGCUUGGCGAAUAAGAAGAACCCGUCGUCGCCCUGUUUGCUCCAAAGGUACAAUUACAACAGUUCGGGGGCCAGGAGCAUCAGGUCGCACCACAGCAGGAACUCGAGCGUUAUUUCGCGGAAUUCCUCCAGGCACGGUAGAAUUAUCCGCCUGGAGCAGAAGGCCACGAAGGUUCUGGGAGUCGUGUUUUUCACGUUCGUUAUCUUAUGGGCGCCUUUUUUCAUACUAAAUUUAGUGCCGAUGUUCUGCUCGGAGUGCGAUAAAAAUAUGGAGAACUGGAUGGUGCAAUUGGUAACUUGGCUGGGAUACGCCAGUUCCAUGGUGAAUCCAAUUUUUUACACGAUAUUCAAUAAGGUGUUCAGGCAGGCGUUCAAGAAAGUUUUGUUGUGCCGUUACAGGAAAACUACCUGGAGGCCGCACAGAUGACAAGUAAAGAUCAAGCAAACUAGAGUGACAACGUGUGUUGAUCUCUUGUAAUAAGUUUGCUAGUUUUAAACUUAUUUAUUGCUCUUUGUUGUAGCGAUAGGGAUGUUUCUUCAGCUCAUAUCAUUAUUUUGUAUCUUUAUAAUGAAAGUUUGACUACCUUAGAAUAAGGAAAAUAAUGCUAAGCAAUCAAAGAUCCGAUACAUUCUAAAAUUCAAUUGAAUAUCUCUCUCGCUACGUAUUAGCAUAAAAAAGCACCAGUCGGCAAACUUAUAAUAUAUCAGAACCUUAAUAUCACAAAUAAAUAUGAUCUCCAGAUAAUAGUAUUAUCAAAAACAUAGUAGAUAGUGUUAGAAAUAUUAUUUUUAUGACACGUAAAUUAAAUUGCAUUCUUUGAAGACUGAAUUAUUUUGCACAUAUUUUGUAUACAUUUGUAUUAUAAAUGAAAAAAGGAAUACUGAUUUCAAUAUGAAAUAAAAGAUACAAGUAUAAACAAUCUUUCGUAUAAAUUUUUUGAUCAAUCAUGAUCAUCAACAUAUUUUUCACAUUUGCUGGUUAUUUAUUUCAAAUUAUAUACGUAGGAACAUAACAUAGUACAUAUAUUAAACAUAGCUUCCAAUAUUACUGUCAUUCUAAGAAAAUGUUAUUGGUCUUUUUUUAUAAUUUCAGAAAUUUUAUUGCCAGCAAUACCCAUUAUUUUGACAUAUCACAAUAAAUCACUAAAAUUAGUAUUUUCAGAUAAAUGUUUGUAUAAUUAAAUCUAUGCUUGACUCUUGAAGUUUUAUUAACUGUCUAAAAUAUCUUCAAGACUUGAGGCCAAUUUGUGUUAUUUACUGAAUGUUCCCUGCAUGUUGAAUAGUUCGCUAAUAAAAUUAAUCUUAUUGGUGCCAAAGAGUUAUUAAAUUGUUGGAAUACUGUUCUGAAUGAAACUAUUAUUUGUAAGUAUGUAUAUGGAUUUAAAGCGAUCAUACAGGGUGUUUCAGAAAGACAGGUAGAGUAUUAAAUGUGUAAUAUAAGGUGGUUGAAACAAAUUGAAUUUGCAUGAUCACACGUCGUUUAGUUAAAAAGUAUCUAUAGAAAAAUCUCAAGUAACUAUGUUGUCUUUUUCAAACUGUUUAUUUUUAGAAUAUUUUUAGGAAAAAAUAUGGUAAAUUAUUGUUGGUAGGUACGUAGGUAACUUAUGUAUAUAAAGC